AUGAAAAAAGCUGUUCUCAGUCUUGUUCUCAUAUCAAUUUUCAUAAAUAGCAUAGUCUCCUCACCAACAUCUAAUGCAGAUGCAUCAUGUGCGCCUUACACCUGUAUUGUCGACACAUCAUUCUGUUUUUGUGGUGUAACACAAACUCCUGAGGAUCGUUGCUGUAAAGCUACUUGUACGCCGUGUCCGCCUGACUUUAAUGUUAAACCAUGGCUUACUAUCGAUUGGAGUUCAUUCACUUUACCUCCAAUUCAAUUUCCAUUACUUCGUCGAGGAUGA